AUGGCCGUGUUCUCUGCGCUUUGGGUGCUCUUACUGUGCCAGCUUUUGACAUCAUCCUCUGCCCAGAGGCCGGGCCCCAGAGGAUCUCCUGGGCCCCCAGGACCUGGAGGGCCACUGGGAAGGGAUGGCACUGAUGGCAAACCUGGACCUGCUGGACUUCCGGGGAAAAUAGGUACCAAGGGGAAAGCAGGAAUAUCAGGCAUCGGGGGAAAACCAGGCCUGCCAGGACUUCCAGGGGUGGACGGUUUGACGGGUCCUGAUGGUCCUGCUGGGAAGGAUGGACCCCCAGGGGACGCAGGUGACCCUGGACCUGCUGGGCCACCUGGAUCUCCUGGCAGAGGGAGACCAGGAGCAGCAGGACUACCCGGAACCAACGGGUUGCCAGGCGGAGUCGGACCACAAGGUCCAGCGGGUCCUGAGGGUCAAGCAGGACUUCCCGGACCUUCUGGCCCAGACGGACCACCAGGUCUUCCUGGUACUCUUCAGGAUCUUAACGGUGACCUUCUGUGUCCUGCUAUCUGCCCAUCUGGUCCCUCCGGUCCUUCUGGGAUGCCGGGAUUCAAGGGUCACACGGGACAUAAAGGAGACAAGGGAGAGGUUGGAAAAAAUGGAGAGAAGGGUGACCCUGGUCCACCCGGCCCACCAGGUAUUCCCGGGACUGUGGGUCUGCAGGGCCCACGUGGUCUCAGAGGAUUACAAGGCAUAAUGGGAUCUGUAGGAGACAGAGGCCUGCCUGGUUACAGAGGCAAACCUGGCAUUGCUGGCAUCAUUGGAAAGACAGGUGACGCGGGAGAAAAAGGACCUCAGGGAUUCAGAGGACCCAAAGGAGAGAUUGGUAAAAUUGGCCCCAAAGGAGGUCCUGGAGGAUCUGGACCCAAAGGGGACCCAGGUAUUCCUGGCAGAGAUGGCAAAGACGGUACACCAGGAUUAGAUGGCGAGAAGGGUGAUGCUGGACGCCACGGGGUAGUCGGAGAGAAAGGACCAAACGGACUUCCUGGUCUGCAAGGAAAGGCUGGUCUGAAGGGGUCUAAAGGAGGAGUUGGUGAUCCAGGGAAGGAUGGGGAGACAGGACCCUCUGGAGAGCCAGGUAUUCCUGGUGAUAUCGGUAUCCCAGGAGAGAGGGGGAUAGCCGGACCCAGAGGAGUGGCUGGAGGCAUUGGGCCGACGGGCAUCCCUGGACCUCAGGGAGUGAAAGGCUUCCAGGGAGUGAACGGAGCCUUGGGGGAUCCAGGUCUUCCAGGUCCAACCGGAAUCCGUGGAGAGUUUGGCGAAAGGGGCCCAGUUGGAGCUCUUGGAGCCAAAGGAGACAUGGGUGUGGCAGGAAGUGAUGGCCUACCAGGAGAGAACGGAGAACCUGGUCCGUUUGGCCCAGUUGGCCAAAAAGGAGAGGAAGGAAAGCGGGGUGAACUUGGACCUAAGGGCGUGACGGGUCCACAAGGAGAGCUUGGGGCGAGAGGGCCUCCAGGAAAACAAGGAAUUAUGGGCUUCCAAGGGGAGCAGGGUCUGCCUGGAAUUUCAGGAAAGACAGGCGUACCCGGUAAACUAACGAGCGAGCAGCACAUCAGAGAGCUGUGUGGCUCAAUGAUUGAUGACCAGAUUGCACAGCUGGCGGCUAACCUUCGAAGGCCCCUGUCCCCUGGAAUGGUGGGCCGCCCCGGCCCUUCAGGGACACCAGGAAAGACGGGAGUUGCUGGCGCUAUUGGGCAUCCAGGUGUCCGUGGACCACCAGGGUACAGAGGCCUCCCAGGAGAACUUGGAGACCCAGGUCCCAGAGGUGAUAUUGGUGAACAUGGUGAUAAGGGAUCAAUUGGCAAAGCUCUCGAUGGGCCAACCGGAGACCAAGGAUACCAAGGUCUUCCAGGAGUACCUGGAGUCGUCAAAGAUGGGCGUGAUGGAUCUCCAGGAGACCCAGGUGAGCCUGGAGAGUCAGGCAGAGCGGGUCGGACUGGGCACCAGGGACCUCCUGGAAUCUGUGACACAACAGCCUGCCAGGGAGCAUCGGUCGCUGAAAAAUCCUCCAACCCCAAAAACCAUUAAACAUGACUUCCUGCAACCUGAUGCCAUCCAAGGAGGAAGGGUGAUAAGUGAGGGAAGGAAGGAAAGGAGAGUGAUCACAAAACAUGUCCUCUUUAUUUAAAUACAUGUAUCACAAGAUGGGAAGAGUAACAUCAAACAGGUGAUAUACUGAGAGGAAUCGAAGAACAUCCCAGGAGUGACAUGAAUACCAGAGCAACUGAGAGACAAGAACAUCAAGAUGACAUCCAGAAAUGAAUUGGACAGAGGCACAGAAGAGUCCAAGAGAUCAACUGCAUUGCUCCAUUUACUACAGUAUCAUAUAACAAGACUUGACCUACAAACAACUGGAAAAUGAAUGAUGAGUCCUUUUGUGUAUAAAAACUUUGUACAUGUUGUUUCCAUGCCCCCAAUUACCUUGGUGUAACUCUAAAAACAACAACAGCGACUGUCUCUGAAGUGAAUGUGCAUGUAUCAUGGCCCAAUAAUGUAAAUCACAGGUAUUACCUCAACAAACAAGCUUACAGUGUAAAAUAUGGAAAUAGGCGACAGAGGCAAAAAAGCCUAAUUUAAGGAGCCAUGUAUGUAUUGUAAAAGGAAUAAAAAACAAAUACCAAGGUGCCCAGAAAUUGUGUAGAUUAAUGCAAAAAAUUUAAACAUUUCAUUGUCUUUUUUUUCUUCUAUUUUUCUUUUUUUUUUUUACAGCUUCUUUGUUUUUUCAAUUACAUGUGAAGUUGAUUCUCUGCAUUUGAGAAUCAAAAACAAAAUAAAAAUUGUGGAUGCAUAAAUCAGACAUUGUAAAAUAAAUUUAAGAAAUUUAGAAGCAAAGUAUUUUUUUUCUUUUUUUGUUUUUACAAUGACCACAUCCAUUUGUACUACCGGUACUGUAACUAUUAAAUAUACAUGACCUUAAAUACUAUUUAUUAUUUGUGGGUGACUGUUGUAUGUACAGUAAGAUGCUACAGCGACAUGUUGUAAGAAAGAACUAAUAAAGCCACUUUUCAGUAAAACAUUACUCUUCUCUAC